AGAAAAGCGGCUUUACGCGCGGAUUUGUAUCACCUUUAAAUACAUUUUAAUUACGCUUUCAGUGGCGAGAAAUGGAAAACUACACGACGUGGAAUAAUUUCACACAAGUUCUGUCGGAGCUGGACGGCGCGGGUGGAGAGGAAGAAGAGGACGAUGACGACGGCGGUGCCGGUGGAGGGAGCGGCGGUCUGCGUGUCCUGAUCGGCUGCGUCCUCUUCCUACUCAUCGUCUCUACGCUGCUUGGAAACACUCUGGUGUGCGCCGCCGUGGUCCGCUUCCGUCACCUGCGCUCCAAAGUCACCAACUUCUUUGUCAUCUCUCUGGCAGUGUCUGACCUUUUUGUGGCCGUGCUCGUGAUGCCAUGGGAGGCCAUAACAGAAGUGACCGGCACAUGGCUGUUUGGACGUUUUUGUGGGGUCUGGAUCGCCUUUGAUAUCAUGUGCUCCACAGCCUCCAUCCUGAACCUUUGCAUCAUCAGUGUGGACCGCUACUGGGCCAUCGCAAGCCCAUUCAAAUACGAGCGAAAGAUGACUCACCGGGUGGCGUUUGUCAUGAUAGGGGUGGCGUGGACACUUUCGAUCCUGAUCUCUUUCAUUCCUGUGCAGCUGAACUGGCACCAGGCCGGGGAAGAGGAUGACAAAGACGUUAUGGAGAUGGUGGAACUGCUGAUUUCCAGUGGCAGGAACAUUACAAACAGCAGCAUCAACCUCAACGCCAGCUCCAUCGCCAAGAGCUGUGUGGCCAACCUGAACAAAACUUAUGCCAUCUCUUCCUCACUUAUCAGCUUCUACAUCCCAGUGGUGAUCAUGAUCGCCACCUACACUCGCAUCUACAGGAUUGCUCAGACCCAAAUCCGCAGGAUCACUUCUUUGGAGAGGGCGGCGGAGCAGGCGCAGAACCAAGGCCUCGGAGUGAACAGGAACCAGCAGCAGCAGCAUCACAGGCCCAACGAUGAAGCCUCAUUGAAGUCAUCCUUUAAGAAAGAAACUAAAGUCCUGAAGACGCUCUCCAUCAUCAUGGGGGUGUUUGUCUUCUGCUGGCUGCCGUUCUUCGUCCUCAACUGCACUGUCCCGUUCUGUGACCCUCCCUGCGUCAGCGACACCACCUUCACCGUCUUCGUGUGGUUCGGUUGGGCCAACUCCUCCCUCAACCCGGUCAUCUACGCAUUCAAUGCUGACUUCCGCCGAGCUUUCUCCACCAUUUUGGGUUGCAACCAGAUCUGCACGAACAACACGGUGGAGGCUGUGAACUUCAGCGAUGAGCUCGUUUCGUACCACCAUGACACAACGCUCCACAAGGAGCAGCUGGUCCCUGCGCAGCCACAGCAGCUUGCCCGCACUAUUGACGUUGGGUCUGACCACAUGGAUGAUAUGAGCGCCCAGUUCGAUGAGGAGUCGAUCAUCUCCAAUGGCUCCAGGGGCCACAACAGGCUGCUGCUGCUUCCAGCUAAUGUCCAGUUGGAGGACGACCCAGAACUGUCUUUAGAAACAAUCACACCGUUCACCUCAGCUGCAGGACUAGAGAGUGAAGCUCUUAUACCAGGACAAGUCCACCAGGAUGGAUAGGACAGGAACGGCAUUGACGUGAUCCCAUUAAUGUUUGCUGUUUUUAUAUUUAAAAUAAUGGAGGACAUUAAAGGCUUCAUAACCCUUCUGCUUUCUAAGACACAGAGCAGCCUUAUGUUCUUUAGAGAAAAGAAGCCUUAUGGCCUUAGGUUCAGAUAAAAUGCCAACAUCAGGAUUGUGACAGUUGGAUGUUUUUUUUUAUUUUUAUUUUUUAAAUGUUUGAACUUGUUUAAAUGGAAGCAGAUUUGUUAAGUUAGUACAGGUUAUUGACAUUAAAUG